CUCCCCACUUUUCGUUUGUAGGUAAAAAAAUCCGGUUCAAUUGAUUCAAUAUGAAAAAUUUCCAACGUCUUAUUCAAUCUCAAGGUCGUUUUGCUGCCUCUUCUGCUAUUGCUCGACCUUCCCCUUUGCGUUUUGGUUCUGUAGGUCAGUUCCGCUUUUCUAGCAAUCACUCUGCUUCUUUGGAAGAGAUUAAUACAAAGUACAAUGACUUUUUCACCACCGUUCAGGAUCAGUUUGAACUCCAACGUGGUCUUAACAAUUGUUUUGCUUACGAUAUUGUCCCUUCUUCCGAUGUGAUUGAACAAGCUCUUCGUGCUGCUCGUCGUGUCAACGACUUCCCUACUGCUGUUCGCAUUUUUGAAGGUGUCAAGGCUAAAUUGCCAAGCAAGGAACAAUACGUAGCUUAUGUGAAGGAACUGAAGCCUGUUUGUGAAGAGCUCGGUAUUACUUUGAAGGAAGACUUGUUCCAUUAAAAAGGAACAGUUCCUUUUUUUAUUCCCUUAAGGAUUCAUUCUGUUCUGCUCGUGAUCUUUUCUUUGGUCUUUCUUUUUCUUUGAAAUCUCCCCUUUAUAAUUUCUAAAACUUUUUUUUUCAUUUUGUUGCAACGUAAUUUGGUCUCUAUCCCAAUGGGGUUUCCAUUCGGCUGUUGAAAAGUUACUAGCUGAUGACCUAAAUUUUGCUAUGUCGUGUUUUUACCUCAUUUUCCUGUCUUGCCUUGAAAGAGGUAUGGAUCAAUUCCAAGGGAAUAGAGAAGGUUCCUUUCUUGCUUUUGAAAAUUACAACAGAUAAUUAAAACAACUUGCAACUUAGUCC